AUUAACAUUAAACUAAAAUAAAUCACUAUCUUAGAUUUGCCCACGCAAACUCUUUACAAGGUAAAGAAGAAAAUACAAUUUGUGAAUUCAUGCAGGAAUACGUUCUUUUGCUUCUGAAAAGAGACGACAACAACAGGUUAGUGAAGUGACGAUGCCAGAGAAGCCCGUGUUUGGAGGAUAUAUUGGCUCGGUUGUUAAGACAUUUAGUCACGUCUAAAAGUGCAGCCAGAAUAACAGCAAAGUAGCCGCAUUUGUUCAAGGUGUUUUCCAGUUACAUUUAUUUAGAUACGUCCCAUAACAAUGAGCUAAUGAGGCGCGAUUUCCCUGCAUAGAACAUGUGCUCCCUCGUCAGAACACUGUUGGGGUUUGUGAUAUAUGGCCAAUAUACCACAGCUAAGGGAUGUGUCCAGGCACUCCGCCUUGCACCUAAGAACAGCCCUUAGCCGUGGUAUAUUGGCCAUAUACCACACCCCCUCGUGCCUUAUUGCUGAAAUAAAGCAUACAACUUAAAUGGAUGCCCCCUCCCCCUUUGGACCAAUUAUAAUGACUGAAAUUGAUUAAAUGGAACCGAGUCAAACAUGUAGCUUCCAUAUGUUUGAUACUGUUCUGUUUAGCCCAUUCCAGCCAUUACGAUGCCCCGUUCUCCUAUAGCUCCUCCCACCAGCCUCCUUUGGUUUGUUUCUGUAGUAGAAGGACCUACAGAAGUUGAAAUGUAACUUCUCUAAUAUCUAACUUAAACUAUGAAUGUAUAGAUACAUUAUACACAAGAUAGCGUAUGUACAGUGGCAAGACAAAGUAUGUGAACCCUUUGGAAUUACCUGGAUUUCUGCAUAAAAUGACGAUCAAAUUGGAACUUCAUCUAAGCCACAACAAUAGACCAACAGUAAAUAUUUAAUGGCGUUGCGCAAUGUGAGCAUCUAGCGCAGCCAUGACUGUCUUGAGAAUGCAGCUCCGUAUUCUCGCGUUGUCAGCACAUAUCUCGUUCUGGUGAAAGAGGGCUACAACAACAAGACCUGUUAACAUUCAAAAUCAAGUGUCAAGCCUUCCAUGUCUGUACCCAAGUCCACAGAGUCCCCGGGUUCUGGCUGUGGUGUUCCAGCCCAAAGAAGCUCACAGCAGGGUCCAGAGAUGGUCUCAGUGAAGCUGGAGGACUGCAGUCAAACACUGGAACUUAAUGUGAUUGUCAAAGAGGAAUGGGAGGAGAGACGAAUUGAGGAGGAGAGAGAAGUAAAAGAGGUUGAUCAGAGAGCAGUCAAAGAGGAGGUGGAGGAGAGAGAAGUCAAAGAGGAGGUGGAGGAGAGAGAAGUCAAAGAGGAAGUAGAGAUGGCAGUCAAAGAAGAAGAGCAGGGGGAGCAAACAGUCAAAGAAGAAGAGCAUGAGAGAACAGUCAAAGAAGAAGAGCAUGAGAGAACAGUCAAAGAAGAAGAGCAGGGGGAGCAAACAGUCAAAGAAGAAGAGCAGGAGAGAGCAGCUAAAGAAGAAGAUGAGAACAGGAAUGUGUCUGCUCCAGAUCUAGAGGAAGAGGAGGCAGCAGUAGAUAGUAUCAGUGACCGAGGAGAGAGCUCCCAUCCAGGCUCAGACAGAGAUCCCAGUACCACAGCAUCAGGAAACCAUAAACGCAGGCAGAGGAACUCAAGACAGAAACAUCACAACAGCAUGGACUGCUUCACUGGUUUCUAUGAACCAGAGGAGUUGAAAAGGCACACUUGUAGGCCCCACCCCUGUUCAGAUUGCAGAGGCAGUUUUAUUUGUCCAGUUCACUUCAAAUCACACCAACAAACUCUCAAAAUAAAGAAGAUGUACCCGUGCGCUCAUUGUGAGAAGAGUUUUCAGACCCCAAGCAGCUUGAAGACUCACCAGCUUAAUCACAAGGGAAAUAAGUCGUACCACUGCUUUCAGUGUGGGAAGAGGUUCUGUCGUGUAGACACCUUAAAGGCUCACAAGAGAAUACACACAGGAGAGAAGCCUUUUCACUGUUCUCAGUGUGGGAAGAGCUUCAGUGAUAUAGGAAAUCGAAAUAAACACCAGAGAAUACACACAGGAGAGAAGACUUACCACUGCUCUGAGUGCGGGAAAAGUUUCAAUCAGUUAUCACAUUUAAAACCACACCAGCUAACUCACACAAGUGAGAAGCCUUUUCACUGCUCUCAGUGUGGGAAGCGUUUCAGUCUGUCAUCAUAUCUGAAGAAGCACCAGGUAAUGCACACAGAAGAGAAGCCAUACAGCUGUGAUCAUUGUGGGAAGAGUUUUAAAUUGGAAGGAAUCCUUAAGCGUCAUCAGAGAAUACACAGUGGAGAGAAGACUUACCACUGCUCAGAGUGUGGGAAGUGUUUCAGUGUGUCAUCAUAUCUGAAGAGACACCAGCUAACUCACACAGGAUUAAAGUCACACCACACAGGAAUAAAGUCACAACACUGUUCCCACUGUGGGAAGAGCUUCAGUAAGAAAGCUGACCUAAAGAAACAUCAGAGAACACACACAGGGGAGAAGCCUUUCCACUGCUCCCAAUGUGGGAAGAGCUUUAAUGAGAAAGGAAAUCUAAAGCAACACCAGAGAAGACACUCAGGAGAGAAGCCUUGCCACUGCUCCCAAUGUGGAAAAAGCUUCAGUUGGGUAAUAGACCUAAAGAAACAUCAGAAAGUACACAAAGAGGAGAAGCCUUUCCACUGCUCCCAAUGUGGGAAGAGCUUCAAUGAGAAAGGAAAUCUAAAGCAACACCAGAGAAGACACUCAGGAGAGAAACCGUAUAGCUGUGAUCAGUGUGGGAAUUGUUUUAAAUGGAAACAAAGCCUGAAGGAACAUCAGAAGGCAAAGCACAGUGCAGUGCCAGACCAUGGCCUUAUAAUUGUGUUACCAAGCUGGGCAUCUACAUCUAAUUAAAAUUUACAUUAACCAAGUUUCCAUCUAACCUUUUUGUGUGAGUAAACUUGGCUGUAAGCUUUUCAAAUGUCAACCAAACAAAAUAUGCUUGACAAGGUGGGGAUCUUUUUGUGUCUGUAAAAUGUAUUAUGCGAGAAAUGUUGGUGGAAAUGCUCUUAUGUGUUAAUAUUGAUAUAGUAAUCAUCAUAUCAGCAAUCAUCAUAUGGGGCGGCAGGUGGCCUAGUGGUUAGAGCGUUGGGCCAGUAACUGUUUUUUAUUUAGGUACAUUAAAACCUAGGCAAAAAAUCUACAUUUUGUUUUGCACUGAAUCUAUAUCUGCAACAACUGGUGGGAAAAUGUGCAUAUUAUCUUUAUGCUGAUUUUAGAAUAUUUGAUGAAAAUCUGUCGCCAAUUGGAUGGAAACCUAGCUAGUGUUGCACAUGUGUUAGGCUAAAUAGAUGUAAUAUUUGGCAUCUGUAUUCUAGUAUGUUGAAUUUUUGCAAAAGAGCAAGAUUUCUGACCACUUAAGACACCACUGAUCGAGUCGAGUCACAAGUCAUGAAAAUCGCGAAUUGAUUACGAGUCAAGUCUGAGUACUGGACUCAAGUACUACAACACUGACAGUCUGAGUACUGGACUCAAGUACUACAACACUGACAGUCUGAGUACUGGACUCAAGUACUACAACACUGACAGUCUGAGUACUGGACUCAAGUACUACAACACUGACAGCCACUCCUCUAUUGGGAAUGUCAUUUCUCUAGUGUUGGUCUGGUCCAGAAACUAACUUCAACUAGACCCCCAUUGUAGAUCUGAAGAAACUGAUAAACAUCUGGUAUUUUUCUUAUUAAAAACAAACCCAUUUGAUUUAUUUUAGCUAAAACCAAAUGUAAUUUUCUGCUCAUGUUUAAUUGUAUCCAAAUAAAAACCUAAAGUUCAA